AUGAUCAUAUUCAAGAAAAAGAGGAUUCCCAAGGAUAAUUUUCCUCCUGAAGUGAUAGUUAGAGCCAAUGAUAAAGGCUGGAUGAAUCACGAACUGAUGAGGACAUGGCUCCAUGAGGUGUGGAACAAACGGAAAUGCUAUGUCAACGAUCCCUCGCAGUCAUUACUCAUAUUAGAUUCUGCAAGGUGCCAUCUCACAGAAAACGUCCGAGAGCUUUUCAAGGAGCACUCAAAGAUCGCGGUCAUUCCAGGCGGAAUGACCAAAUAUCUACAGCCUCUCGACGUCGGCAUCAACAAGCCCUUCAAAGACAAUCUGAGGGCGGGAUGGGAGCGAUGGAUGGCCGAUUCAGCACGAGCAAGCACAGCGCUCGAGCUAAGCGCUGUGCUAGAACAGUUCCUAAAGUUGCGGAUAAGUAUGAAUGCAGCUUUGGAAACACUAGACUAA